AACUUAUUCUAGGAUUUGCUGUCGAUAGGUUUGUCAAUGUUCUGAUAACAGAAUUGUCCAGAAAUUAUUAUUUUUCAUAAGUGUAAAAAUGGCAAACUUAAUAAAUCACUCAAUUCGUCGUUAUAUUGCAACAAAUGUUGCACGAAAUGCUCAAGUUCAAGGUACAGCUGCUACAGCUGGACAUCAUGAUGGAUGGAAAAUGUGGAAGAAUAUGUCCUUAUUCUUAGCUUUCCCAGCUAUUGCCGUAUGUAUGGUAAAUGUAUAUUUAGCUCACGGACAACACCAUGAAAGAGCCGAAUUUGUCCCUUAUGAACAUAUGAGAAUCAGAAACAAGCGUUUCCCAUGGGGAGAUGGACAACGCAGUUUAUUCCAUAACCCACAUGUAAACCCCUUACCAAGCGGCUAUGAAGAAGAACAUUAAGAUUGUAAAUAAACAGAAAUAGUCACAUUCAUACUAGAUAUUAAAUUUCAAAUAUGUAAUUUAUAUUAUAAC